AUGGCUACUGGAAAAUUAGAACUUCCAGUUAAAAAUCAAAAGAAAAAAUUCUGGAAAGAAGCAUUAUGUUCAUUGAAAGGAAAAAAAGAUUUACUGUUCAAAAAACACAUGAAAUCAUCAGAUGAAUGCAUAGAAUUUGGUGAUCCUGUAUAUCACUUACUGCGAUGUGCUGCAUCUCCCGGUCAUCAACCAUCAACAUGCAAAUGUAUCUGUCAUUUGGAAAACGGAGAUGAAUGUCAUAAAAUAGUAGAUGAAAUGUCUAAGCCAAUCAAUGUUAUAUGUGCACCUGCAGCUCGUAGAAAAUCACAUCAUCCAGCACUAUCCAUCAAUACAUCUAAUUAUUAUCAAUUCACUUCGCCGGGUAUGAAUGAUCACACAACACAAUCAAAAACAAAAUUUUCAACACUUAAAAAAGGUAGAACUAAUUCAAAUAGUCAUCAUUCUAUUAAUCAAAUGUAA